GGGAGGGAGUGAGGGGGAUAAAGCGUUGGACACUGACAGCUCAGGCUUUGCAAUGGGAAUGACAACAAAGGGGAGAACGUCAGCUUGAGCUUCAGCUGCACAUAUUUCUUAUGUUCUUACACACAUUUCUCUGCAUUUCAGCAGUCACAAAACGGGACAGGUGGUUUAGAACAGGACCGUGCCCUGGGGAACCUGACUCUCCGCUGGGGAACUCAGCUCACCCACUGUACCCCCAAGUCACCCACUGUACCCCAAGUGAGUCUCAUUCACUGUACCCCGAGUGAGUCUCAUUCACUGUACCCCGAGUGAGUCUCAUUCACUGUACCCCGAGUGAGUCUCAUUCACUGUACCCCGAGUGAGUGUGAGCCCAUCCCCUAUGCCCCCCCCUGCAGCGCAGCCUGUGUCCCACCCAAGUCGUCAGACACGUGACUGUGACAUCAGCGAGUGCCCCCCCCGCAGGAGCCGCAUCUCUGAGUGUGACAGGGAGCCGGGGAGGAGGAGGAGGAGGAGGAGACCGGCGAGGAUAUCGGUCAGACCGGGAGGAACGGAAAGACAAGAUCCGUCGCUACAUUUUCCCUUUAAUCCGAGGGGACAAAGAGCGGCCGCUGAUCCUCUGCAGAGACUCCGGCCCCCGCGGCCCGCCCGAGUGAUGAUCCUUCUCACCUGCCUCCUCCUCUUUAUCUUCCUGCAGGAUGGGUCCACGUUUCAGGUCGCAGUCACUGAUGAUAAUUGUCUUGUUAUAUCUCUGGAACCAUCUGAUGUCCUGAACACAAAGUCUGUGUAUCUGGUGAAGAUAACUGGUGAAUCGAAGAAUUACUUUUUCCAGUUUGAAGAAUUUAACAGCACGCUGCCCAGCCCUUUGGUGUUUAAUGCUUCUUAUCAUGGUCUCUAUUACAUUUUAACACUAAUUGCUGUGAACUCCAAAAUGACGUCACGAUCCAGUAAAUCUAUCACUGUGCUGACCAAACCCCUUCCUGUGAGUCACGUCACCAUUCAUGACUAUAAACCGUCACCCCAGACUGGAGUAGUCUUCCAAGUACAAUUCCCUGAAAAAUUCAACGUCUUUUCGAGAGUUAAUAUAAGUUACUGGGAAGGCAGACAUUUUCGAACUGUGUUAUAUAAAGAUUUCUUCAAGGACAAAACAGUUUUCAAUCACUGGCUCCCUGGUACAUGCUACAGUAAUAUAACUCUACAGCUGGUGUCUGAGGCCUCUUUUAACAGAAGUACACUGGUGGAAUACAGUGGAGUUGGUCAUCAGCCACAGUCUCACCGGACAGUGCCUUUCCCACCUAGAAAUAUCUCUGUGCAAAUAUUGCCGCUAAACCACAGUAUCACUGAUUUGCUCAAUGGAAAGAAUAAUGAAGUUACUGUGACAAAAUAUCAAGAUUUCCCAGAAAGCUCAGCAGAAAUGUUUGAUGACCAGAAUGAGAGAUCGACUUUUAUACAACUUUACAACUUGACUGACCCCCAAUAUAAGAAUAACACUUUUCCCGAAGCCACAGCUCAGCCUUUUUGGUGGGCCAGUGAGACCAUUCCACCAGACACUGAGGGCUUUGUAAAUGGGAUGCUCCCUGACUAUGAAGACCCCCCAGUAAGAAGCUCUGAACCCCCUUCCCCUUCUCCCAACUUCAAGUUGCUCAUCUCCUGGCUGCCCCCAAAGGCUCCCACAGCAUAUGAUGGUUUCAACAUAUACAUAUUCAGAGAUGGGAAUGCCAGUGUUGUGUCAAGUGUGGAUGAAAGCACUCAUGAGUAUGUAGCAGAGCUGGUGGAACCAGGGAAAUACUUUGUGGAAAUCACGUCUUUCAGUUCAACGGGGUCCUGUGAGAUUCGAGAAAGCAGUCCAGCCAAAGCCAUUAGCUUCUACAUCAGUCCAACUGGCGACUGGUUUGAGGAAAUGACAGAAAAACCAAGGGAUGUUGCUGUGAAGAUUGUGAAUUCGACAAAUGCUCUUGUAUCGUGGGCUUCAUCACCCGACAUCAGUCCGAUAGUUUCCGUCAUUUCGCUGACUUGUUCCAAGCAGAAGGAGAGUCAGAGACUGGAGAAACAUUACUGCAAAGAGGUAAAUGUGUCCAGUAACAUCAUUGGAAACUUGGUCCCAGGGGCUCAGUAUAAAGUGGUUGUCUACUUUCAGAGGCCCCCAUUGAUUGGCCCUCCCUCUGAUGCCGUUCUGUUUGCAAUAGAUCCAACUGGGAUAAAGGAUUUGGUGCUUUUCCCACUGGGCCCCUCUGCAGUGAUUUUGAGUUGGAGCCGGCCCUACCUCGGUGUCUUCAGGAAAUACAUUGUGGAAAUGUUUUACUUUAAUCCAGUGGCCAUGUCAUCAGAAUGGACUCCUUACUAUGAAAUAGCAGCGACUGUCUCUUUAACUGCAUCUGUGAAAGUGACUGAUUUGCUCCCAGCCUGGUACUACAAAUUCAGGGUGACAAUGGCCACUUGGGGAGAACCCCAGCUCAGUUGCUGUGACACAACAGUGAGUUUUGUAACAGCCCCAGUGGCCCCCCAGAUUACCAGUGUGGAAUACUCUUAUGGGCUUCUUCACGUCACAUGGGCCUACGCAGAUGGAUCGUUUGAUCUGUCACAUUCGAGGAUCGUACACUGGCAAGUCAUCGCUGAAGGAAAGAAACGCAUUAAAAAGAGUGUGUCCAGAAGUGGGAUGGCUACAGUGCUAAGUGUACCCGCUGGUGACAUUUAUAACAUCACUGUUACUGCUUUUACUGAGAGGAGCAGCAACACUUCUUUGCCUCACCUUGUUAAACUUGAUCCUGCUCCAAUAAAAACGCUCUUUGCCGUGAACAAAACACAGACGUCAGUGACACUUCUGUGGGUGGAGGAAGGAAUCACAGAUUAUUUUCAGGUGUCCUGUUGGCAUAACGUAGAGACUGGCACAAAUAAAAAUGACAAGGAACCCGUUACUGUUUUCUCCCAUGUUGUGACAAUCUCAAGCCUUGAGCCGGCCACCUCUUAUAACUGCAGCGUGACCAGCAUCAGCCACCGCACUUCCAGCGCUCCCACCUUCAUCACUGUGUCCACUCUAGUUACUGAGUUGAACCCCAAUGUUGUGGUUAUUUCGGUGCUGGCAUUGCUAAGUAUCCUGCUGAUAGCGCUGCUGUUACUGAUGCUGAUUGUACUACGGAGAAAGCACCUGCAGACGUCCAGGGACUGUGGAGCUGGAACCUUUGUCAAUUUUGCAACACUGGAAAAAGAUGGAAAACUUCCUUACAACUGGCGUAGAAGUAUAUUUGCCUUUCUAACAGUUCUCCCUUCUUGCCUCUGGACUGACUAUCUAUUGGCUUUUUAUAUUAACCCUUGGAAUAAAACUGGACUGAAGAAAAGGAAGCUGACCAACCCUGUGCAGCUCGAUGACUUUGAUUCAUACAUAAAGGAAAUGUCCAAAGACUCUGAUUACAGAUUCUCCCUCCAGUUUGAAGAACUAAAGAUGGUUGGUCUUGAUAUACCUCAUUUUGCUGCAAACCUUCCAUCCAACAGAGGCAAAAAUCGCUACACAAACAUCUUGCCAUAUGAUUUUAGUCGUGUCAAACUGAUUUCUCUAGAUGCCGACGAAGGAGCCGAUUAUAUCAACGCCAAUUACAUUCCGGGCUACAGUGCAGUGCAGGAAUAUAUUGCGACUCAAGGGCCUUUGCCGGAGACCAGGAAUGACUUCUGGAAAAUGAUCCUUCAGCAGAAGUGUCAAGUUAUUGUCAUGCUGACUCAAUGCAAUGAGAAGCGCCGGAUUAAAUGUGAUCACUACUGGCCAUUCACUUCAGAGCCAGUAAAUUAUGGAGACAUUACAGUGGAAAUGGUGUCAGAGGAGGAGCAAUCGGACUGGGCGCAGCGAGUAUUUAGGGUCUCAUAUGGUGAUGAGAGCCAGUGUGUGACACAUUUUAACUUCACGGCCUGGCCAGACCACGGGGUGCCCACUGUCAAUGCAGCCGAGAGUGUUCUGCACUUUGUACACGUGGUGAGACAGAAGGCCUUAAAGACAAAAGGACCAAUAACGGUGCAUUGCAGCGCUGGUGUGGGCCGGACAGGAACCUUCAUAGCACUGGACUGUCUAAUGCAGCACAUCAGAGAUCAUGAAUUUGUUGAUAUUUUGGGACUUGUGAGUGAAUUACGCUCAUACAGAAUGUCUAUGGUGCAGACAGAGGAGCAAUUUGUAUUUAUUCAUCAGUGUGUGCAGCUGAUGUGGAAAAAGAAGAGGCAGCAGUUCCGCAUUAGUGAUGUUAUUUAUGAGAAUGUCAGCAAGUCAUAAGGUUCAUCUUCUGUUACAAUCAUCUUCACUGACUUCAGAUUCUUAACUGGUGGCCAUUUCUACAUCAACACUGGCCGCUGACUGUGGCUUUGUGAAUCCGGGUUUGUGGAGAAGCCAAGGGAAGUCUUCGCCUUAAAGAACCUAUUGUGUCUUUUGGACAGUUUUCUUUAUGCAAUUUGUGGGACCAAAUUUAAUCUGAAAAGGCAUAUUUUCUGGGCAAGCAGAGGAACGCUGUCGUGGGUGUGUUUAUUCGGCUUUUGGUUUAAACUGAGCAAGCGCAACACACAACACUGAAGAGACUUGAUGUUAACACUAGAGAGUAAUGUUGGCAUUUCAGCUACUGAGUGACAACACCUCAUUUAAGCAGAAUAGAAAAUGGAAGAAGUCCAGAGAGUGAAGCCCGUAUACCCGAGUCAGGACACGUUUGUUACAUUGACGGGAGCCACUAAAUAACUGCAAUGGAAGCAGAAUUGGUUCCUAAUAUUUAUGGUAGUAGUUUCAUCCGCACAGUUCCUUGCACUCCACCCAUGAUGGGGCAACUUCAUUGGUUUCCAUAGUUAAAGGGGCAGCAUCUCUGCCUUUGGUACCUGACAUUAUUUGGUGUUUAGGAUUAAAUCUACUUUGGGAUCACUGGUCCUAUUAGAAAGGGAAUAGGAUUAAGCUUGUGAGUCUGCUCUCAGCUCUGAAUGGCGGAUUUAUUAUGAUGGGAACCUGCCAUUAGCAAGGGGUUGUAGUAGAAGCUUGGAGCCUGUGAGUGGCGCUCACUCUCUCACCUUCUUAAAGAAAUGUUUGAAUCCGUGGGCCAUGCCAUAUGAAAAGCAAGGGCCCUAUAUCUUGUAAUUAUCCGGUAGAUCUAACUUUUGUUUGUUGUUGUGUCACUAAAACCACACAUGUAUGUUCAAUGGGUUUUCCCAUGGAGAUCGGAUGUAAAAAGCAGUUCCGACACUGGCUGCGGAUCACUCCAUGGUGCUUAGUUUAUGGACCUGUGAAGAGACUGCACACGUAAAUAAAAUGAUGACAAAACUA